AUGGCGAUGCCGACGGGGUUAUGGAGUCGUACGAGGGCUGCAGCGCCACGGCGGACUGGGACCAGAGCUGGUGCUACGUGCAGGACGCGCAAGUGGCGCGAGUGCGGCUCCUGCAACUGCAUGACGGAGUGGAACUACGAUGGCGAUGCCGACGGGGUUAUGGAGUCGUACGAGGGCUGCAGCGCCACGGCCGACUGGGACCAGAGCUGGUGCUACGUGCAGGGCGGUUCCAAUUGCAACCAGGCCCUGAACUCCACCGUGGCCGGCGAGACGCGCAAGUGGCGCGAGUGCGGCUCCUGCAACUGCAUGACGGAGUGGAACUACGAUGGCGAUGCCGACGGGGUUAUGGAGUCGUACGAGGGCUGCAGCGCCACGGCGGACUGG